CCUUGACCUUGACAUCCCACCUUGACCACCAGACCACUCUCUUACCAACCAUUGCCAUGUCGUCCUCCAAGAAAUCGUCAUCCUCAUCCUCGCGCAAGUCGCGAUCGCAGCCUGAAGCGGUCUACGGUCCACCGUACUCCUCAUAUGGAACGACCUAUAGCUCCACGUCGCCGUUCUGGACAAUUGGCACGCUAUUCGGCGCUUCGAGUGUCGCGCUUGGUGCUUUUGGGGCUCAUGCGUUGAAGCAGCGCAUCUCUGAUCCAGCCAAGAUUGCCAGUUGGGGCACUGCCGCUCACUAUCAGCUCAUCCACUCAGUCGUUCUGACACUUACCGCUGCCGUGGCGCCGGCGAACAAACUUGCCAUGAGUCUCUUUACGGCGGGCAUGGCCAUGUUUUCUGGUAGCAUAUAUCUGCUCGUCUGGGAUGCGAAGAAAUACAAGUCAGUAGGCCCCGUUACACCAAUUGGCGGGCUGUGCCUCAUUGGAGGUUGGAUUAUGCUGGCGGCAAGGGGCAAGUUGGUUCUAUCCAGGGCCAGGUAAAACAUGGCUACCGAGAAGAGUAGGGUACGACUACAAUAGCUUUGGCACAGUGUCAAGAAGCGCUGGCAGCUAUAGACAUGAGCAUUGCUUCGUUCAGAUUUACAAUGAAGAACAUGAAUAAAACUAUACAGACAA